CAUACUCUUUGGCCUUUGCUUUUGAGUACUUUGUAAAUAAGGUCAAUUACUCAAUUACGAGCUUUUUAUAAAAUUAAUAUUUCAAAAGAUUCGUUAUACCUAAUCGAAGCAAAGAAUGCACUGCUGUGUGCCUUGCUGCAAAAAUACUUCGGACGACAAUGUGUCCUCAUCACACGGGGAGGGGAAGGCGAUUAGCUUUCAUGGUUUCCCCAGUGAAGUGCAUCUCCGUGCUGAGUGGCUCCGAGCCCUCGGCAAGCAAGACACUCAGCCACCAGACUCUGCUGUGGUCUGCUCGCAGCAUUUCCUGAAUGACGACAUUUAUGAAACAGAAAGUGGCGUAAGGCAAAUUAGUACUGGUGCUAUUCCUGUAACAGUGCAGGUUUGCAUGAUCUGCCUAGACACUGACAGCAAGCUGUUCCUACUGAGGCAACUCAAACUGGAAGGAGCAUAUGAGAAGUUAACGGGACAUGCUUUGUGUGCUCAAGGAAACCUGAAACAAACACUUUGCAUACAAUGUGCUCAGAGAUUGAUAAGCUUUAGUAGAUUCAGAGACAAGAGCUUGAGAGCGCGUGCACUGAUGAUGGACUUAGUUGACAAACAUGAAUUAAUAACAAGACAACAUAUACAAAUGAUAAACCGCACAAAACUCCAACUGAAGAGUGAUUUGGUGUUUACAACACUAGGACCUGACCACUGUGACUUACACAUACUGGAACACCCCUCGGAAGACAAACAGACAGAAUUAGAGGAAACUGGACUCAGAGUUGCAGUGAAAGCUGAAGGAAGUGGGGAUGAUGAAGAGACUAUGUGUGUUGAUGAAGAUAUGGCAAUGAAGAGUGAAGAUGACAGGGAUAUCCAGGGUUUUGUUCGGGAUCCGUUAGAAUACGAAGGUUGUCCCUUGCAAUGUACACUUUGUUUGGAGGAAUUUGUCCAUGAACAUGCAUACAUGCAACAUGUGAGCAUGCAUCUCUGGAGCAGCGAGGCUGAGGCUGAGGGACAAUGCGGCACGUCACAGCGCGAGGCACACUCGUGGCGCGUCGCCGAGAGCAGGCGCCCUCGCGCACGCGCCGCGAGCGACGAGCGCAGCGAGCCGGCCACCGACGAAGCCGAUACAGGCCACAGCUGCGGGUACAGAGGACUAACAGAUUGUUUUGUCAAACUGUACGACAUCUUCCCGAGACGAGACGGCUCGCCGACGAUGACACAGGAAGCUGUUACACAUAUCAGUCGUCAGGCGGCGAGUCCGAAUGGAGGCCCCACUACGGAAUAUGCAGUCCCCAGUGAAGAGAAGCUUACCGUGUCACAACCUGCGUACAUUUGUGACUUUUGUCAAAGAGUGUUCAAACGAAAAAGUCUGCUAGCAAAACACGUUCAGACUCACGCGCCACUGAAUACAUUUACUUGCAAGAUUUGCCAAUACGAAGCUAACGAUACAAAUCAUUUAAUUGUGCACAUGAGAACUCACACUGGUGAUCGACCAUUUAGUUGUGAAUUAUGUAAAUAUGAAUGUAACAGAAAUAGUGAUUUAGUUAAGCACAUGAGAACUCACACUGGUGAAAAACCAUAUCGUUGUAAAUUAUGUGCAUAUAAAUGUAACCGAAGUAGUAAUUUAGUGAGGCACAUGAGAACUCACACUGGUGAAAAACCAUAUUGUUGUAAAUUAUGCAAAUAUAAAUGUAACCGAAGUGAUGAUUUAGUGAGGCACAUGAGAACUCACACUGGUGAAAAACCAUUUAGUUGUAAAUUAUGUGCACAUAAAUGUAACCAAAGUAAUGAUUUAGCGAAGCACAUGAGAACUCACACUGGUGAAAAACCAUUUAGUUGUAAAUUAUGCAAAUAUAAAUGUAACCGAAGUAAUCAUUUAGUGUUGCACAUGAGAACUCACACGGGUGAAAAACCAUAUUGUUGUGAGUUAUGCAAGAGUAAGUUCGUAUCAAAACGUAAUUUAGUGUUGCACAUAAGAACUCACACUGGUGAAAAACCAUUUAGUUGUGAAUUAUGCAAGAGUAAGUUCGUAUCAAAACAUAGUUUAGUGUUGCACAUGAGAACUCACACUGGUGAAAAACCAUAUUGUUGUGAGUUAUGCAAGAGUAAGUUCGUAUCAAAACGUAAUUUAGUGUUGCACAUAAGAACUCACACUGGUGAAAAACCAUUUAGUUGUGAAUUAUGCAAGAGUAAGUUCGUAUCAAAACAUAGUUUAGUGUUGCACAUGAGAACUCACACUGGUGAAAAACCAUAUUGUUGUGAGUUAUGCAAGAGUAAGUUCGUAUCAAAACGUAAUUUAGUGUUGCACAUAAGAACUCACACUGGUGAAAAACCAUUUAGUUGUGAAUUAUGCAAGAGUAAGUUCGUAUCAAAACAUAGUUUAGUGUUGCACAUGAGAACUCACACUGGUGAAAAACCAUAUUGUUGUGAGUUAUGCAAGAGUAAGUUCGUAUCAAAACGUAAUUUAGUGUUGCACAUAAGAACUCACACUGGUGAAAAACCAUUUAGUUGUGAAUUAUGUAAAUAUAAAUGUAACGGAAAUAGUGAUUUAGUUAAGCACAUGAGAACUCACACUGGUGAAAAACCAUAUUGUUGUGAAUUAUGCAAGAGUAAGUUCGUAUCAAAACGUAAUUUAGUGUUGCACAUAAGAACUCACACUGGUGAAAAACCAUUUAGUUGUGAAUUAUGUAAAUAUAAAUGUAACGGAAAUAGUGAUUUAGUUAAGCACAUGAGAACUCACACUGGUGAAAAACCAUAUUGUUGUGAGUUAUGCAAGAGUAAGUUCGUAUCAAAACAUAAUUUAGUGUUGCACAUAAGAACUCACACUGGUGAAAAACCAUUUAGUUGUGAAUUAUGUAAAUAUAAAUGUAAACAAAGUAAUCAUUUAGUUAAGCACAUGAGAACUCACACUGGUGAAAAACCAUAUUGUUGUAAAGUAUGUGAAUAUAAAUGUAACCAAAGUAGUGAUUUAGUGAGGCACAUGAGAACUCACACUGGUGAAAAACCAUAUUGUUGUAAAUUAUAUAAAUAUAAAUGUAACCAAAGUACUAGCGACUAGUAAGUAGAGUAAGUAUUAGCGACGCACACGAGUGAACACCACCGACGCCCUCGCGCACUGCCGGCUGCACAGCUUGCAGUGGAGCUGGUGAUGCACACGGCGCGGCGACGCGAGGGCAGCUGGCGGGCUCGCCCUCGUCACGAGUGAACACCACCGACGCCCUCGCGCACUGCCGGCUGCACAGCUUGCAGUGGAGCUGGUGAUGCACACGGCGCGGCGACGCGAGGGCAGCUGGCGGGCUCGCCCUCGUCACGAGUGAACACCACCGACGCCCUCGCGCACUGCCGGCUGCACAGCUUGCAGUGGAGCUGGUGAUGCACACGGCGCGGCGACGCGAGGGCAGCUGGCGGGCUCGCCCUCGUCACGAGUGAACACCACCGACGCCCUCGCGCACUGCCGGCUGCACAGCUUGCAGUGGAGCUGGUGAUGCACACGGCGCGGCGACGCGAGGGCAGCUGGCGGGCUCGCCCUCGUCACGAGUGAACACCACCGACGCCCUCGCGCACUGCCGGCUGCACAGCUUGCAGUGGAGCUGGUGAUGCACACGGCGCGGGGACGCGAGGGCAGCUGGCGGGCUCGCCCUCGUCACGAGUGAACACCACCGACGCCCUCGCGCACUGCCGGCUGCACAGCUUGCAGUGGAGCUGGUGAUGCACUCGGCGACGCGAGGGCAGCUGGCGGGCUCGCCCUCGUCACGAGUGAACACCACCGACGCCCUCGCGCACUGCCGGCUGCACAGCUUGCAGUGGAGCUGGUGAUGCACACGGCGCGGCGACGCGAGGGCAGCUGGCGGGCUCGCCCUCGUCACGAGUGAACACCACCGACGCCCUCGCGCACUGCCGGCUGCACAGCUUGCAGUGGAGCUGGUGAUGCACACGGCGCGGCGACGCGAGGGCAGCUGGCGGGCUCGCCCUCGUCACGAGUGAACACCACCGACGCCCUCGCGCACUGCCGGCUGCACAGCUUGCAGUGGAGCUGGUGAUGCACACGGCGCGGCGACGCGAGGGCAGCUGGCGGGCUCGCCCUCGUCACGAGUGAACACCACCGACGCCCUCGCGCACUGCCGGCUGCACAGCUUGCAGUGGAGCUGGUGAUGCACACGGCGCGGCGACGCGAGGGCAGCUGGCGGGCUCGCCCUCGUCACGAGUGAACACCACCGACGCCCUCGCGCACUGCCGGCUGCACAGCUUGCAGUGGAGCUGGUGAUGCACUCGGCGACGCGAGGGCAGCUGGCGGGCUCGCCCUCGUCACGAGUGAACACCACCGACGCCCUCGCGCACUGCCGGCUGCACAGCUUGCAGUGGAGCUGGUGAUGCACACGGCGCGGCGACGCGAGGGCAGCUGGCGGGCUCGCCCUCGUCACGAGUGAACACCACCGACGCCCUCGCGCACUGCCGGCUGCACAGCUUGCAGUGGAGCUGGUGAUGCACACGGCGCGGCGACGCGAGGGCAGCUGGCGGGCUCGCCCUCGUCACGAGUGAACACCACCGACGCCCUCGCGCACUGCCGGCUGCACAGCUUGCAGUGGAGCUGGUGAUGCACACGGCGCGGCGACGCGAGGGCAGCUGGCGGGCUCGCCCUCGUCACGAGUGAACACCACCGACGCCCUCGCGCACUGCCGGCUGCACAGCUUGCAGUGGAGCUGGUGAUGCACACGGCGCGGCGACGCGAGGGCAGCUGGCGGGCUCGCCCUCGUCACGAGUGAACACCACCGACGCCCUCGCGCACUGCCGGCUGCACAGCUUGCAGUGGAGCUGGUGAUGCACACGGCGCGGCGACGCGAGGGCAGCUGGCGGGCUCGCCCUCGUCACGAGUGAACACCACCGACGCCCUCGCGCACUGCCGGCUGCACAGCUUGCAGUGGAGCUGGUGAUGCACACGGCGCGGCGACGCGAGGGCAGCUGGCGGGCUCGCCCUCGUCACGAGUGAACACCACCGACGCCCUCGCGCACUGCCGGCUGCACAGCUUGCAGUGGAGCUGGUGAUGCACACGGCGCGGCGACGCGAGGGCAGCUGGCGGGCUCGCCCUCGUCACGAGUGAACACCACCGACGCCCUCGCGCACUGCCGGCUGCACAGCUUGCAGUGGAGCUGGUGAUGCACACGGCGCGGCGACGCGAGGGCAGCUGGCGGGCUCGCCCUCGUCACGAGUGAACACCACCGACGCCCUCGCGCACUGCCGGCUGCACAGCUUGCAGUGGAGCUGGUGAUGCACACGGCGCGGCGACGCGAGGGCAGCUGGCGGGCUCGCCCUCGUCACGAGUGAACACCACCGACGCCCUCGCGCACUGCCGGCUGCACAGCUUGCAGUGGAGCUGGUGAUGCACACGGCGCGGCGACGCGAGGGCAGCUGGCGGGCUCGCCCUCGUCACGAGUGAACACCACCGACGCCCUCGCGCACUGCCGGCUGCACAGCUUGCAGUGGAGCUGGUGAUGCACACGGCGCGGCGACGCGAGGGCAGCUGGCGGGCUCGCCCUCGUCACGAGUGAACACCACCGACGCCCUCGCGCACUGCCGGCUGCACAGCUUGCAGUGGAGCUGGUGAUGCACACGGCGCGGCGACGCGAGGGCAGCUGGCGGGCUCGCCCUCGUCACGAGUAAUUGACGUUGUGCGAUUUCUGCCUCAUUCAAAAUAUCGGGUGGAGUAAAUUCCAUUUAUUUUCUAUCUUCUAUUUUAAUCCAUACUUGAACUAUUCAUACUUAAAGUAAAAAAGAAAAAAACUAUUAACAAAAAACAAAAACUUAAUUUUUACUAAAAACCGUUUUUACUAAAAACUCUCCAUUUUGAAAAUAUGUGCCUAAAUAAUUAAACUCUUUGCUAGAAAACUUUUUGAAAUAGUAAGUAAAUAGUAAGUGGACUUUAUGAAAUAAUAAAUGGACUUACCGAAUUAAAAAAAAAAUAUAUAUAUGAAAAAUCGUAUUUGUGAUGUAAAUUGAACUUACAAGCCAUGCUUACUGCAUUGAAAGUGUAUGUUAUGAGCAACCGUAUUGAAAUAGUACAUUACAGUGUAGGCCGGAAGUGAAGCGACCGCAGGCCGAGUGAUACAGGAAGACGAGGCGAAGACAACUUUGUAAAAUGCACUUCUAUUUAUAAGUACCUUUUGAGACUGAUUAAUAAUAGGACAUAAGUUGAAAGCUUCAAUAUCAUUUAUUUAUAUGUAACAUUCUAUUUUGUUUUUAUUUAAUGACCAUUUAAUUAAUUCAUAGUUUUUGUUAUCCAUAUUUCAUAAUUCUCGUAAUUGUUUAGAAUUGUCAAAUUGAACAAACAUAUUUUCAAGAGCAUGUGCGAAACAACUCAAACUUAAUAAACUAAUUGUUACAAGAGCACCAAAGACAAUAUUAUUUAACAAAAACUGCUACGCCAUGGCAGUUAAAAUCUUUAAUAAAUUACCAUCAGACAUAAAAUCACUUCCAAUAAAACAAUUUACGCAAAAGUUGAAGAAAUGGCUGCAAGGAAAAAAUUUCUAUUCUUUAGAAGAAUAUUUCCAACAUGAUAAAAAACAAUUUUGAUUUGAUUGACAUCUUUACACCAUUUUAUUUAUUAAUGAGUUCAUGACAUUGAUCCAUGUUCAUUUCAUGACUGACUUUUUCAUUUUUUAUUCGGACAUUUUAAUUAUUUGACACUAUCUUCAUUAUAUGUUUACUUAUUUGUUUUAACUUUAAUAUCUGAUCUGAUUUGUUUUAUUUUUUUGUUAAAAUCUAGAUCAAUUUGUAUCCAAAUGUAUCUAAUAAUAAAUUAAUGCUUUAUAGUACCCAGGACGAACCCUAGUUCGCGCAUCUCUCGCACACGCCGCCCGCCUGUUCGCUAAGCGGCCCCCCCGCUCACCCCCCGCUCAGCCCCCGCUCACCCUCGCCCUCUAGGAGCGA